AUGCGGGCUUCGUGGUGGAUUGGAGUUUGGGCUACAUUCCUGCCCUCCACAGUGCUAUCGAUAGAGACGGCGCCCUUUUCUGCGCCGCAGGCCGUCGAGUCCCGCAAGCGAGCCUUUGAAGUCCUCCAGAUCCUCAAACGAGCCAACAACUGUCCCUCCGGAUACAACCCAUGCACUAGCUUGGGCAACUCGGACGCCUGCUGCAUUCAAGGGACAAACUGCUCGCGCGAUGCCGCCAACAACAUCGCCUGCUGCCCGACCGGCGCAAGCUGCACCGGCAGUCUGACCGGGGCAUCGACGAGCACUACCAGGCAGACCGGAACCAGCUUCAUGUUUCCUCAGGGCACGACCGCAACUACAACAGCCACCGACUCUGCCGCCGCUUCGGUCACCGGCUCCACGCUCUCGGGGGCCUACCCGUUUAUUUACGUACCGACGACCUUCGCUAAUGCCGCCACCUGCUCUUCAUACUACUCGCUCUGCCAAUAUGAAUAUACACAGUGCACUGGACAGCUACUCGGCCGCUACGCGGUGACGGUCGGAGGAGCGGGUGGGGCAGGCGUGACGGUGGAAGCUGUGACGGCGACGUCGCAGGCCACGUCCAUCUGCUCUAGUCUGAGCGCCGAGGCUUGUCACGGCCUCCAGUUGAGCUACUGCGCAACGGCGGCGACCGGCACUGCGCAGAAUGCCAGUGGAAAUGGGGCGCUGCCGGUACGGACAACGAGUCUCCAUGACUUGGUGCUGGGCCUGAUGGUGGGAAUUGCGGGCAUGUUUAUCUGA